AUGGCUGAGCCACCAACACCCCUUUCCCACCCAGCACCCCGAACCCCGCCUCUACCCCGCGAGCCGCUUCGACCGCCUCUCCGUCCGACUUCCGCUCUCCAACAACGACGCGACCGCUCUCCGGAAGAAAGGCCGUCGUCCUCCACAUUGGCGACCCCAUUCGAUACAAUCCUGAGACCUUCCACCAGUUUGAGGCUCAGUGCGACAUCAUCCGGCCCUCCGCUGCUGAGCGUCAGCGCGAUGAGUUCAAGCGCGCCUUGCUUGAGCGUCGUUGGGGCGAGUUUGAUUUCCCCCCCUUUUGGGGCCCCGCGGCGAGAUGGGACAAUGGGGCGAAGGGCUUGUCAACCUGCCGCCUCCAAAUGUCAAAAUCUUUUCGGAGCGCCGGGCGCCGGCUUUGGCUGGGGGGAUACGAAGCUUCCUCGGGGGCGCCGCGGCAUCGUUUACUGUAACUCAGGUCUCGCCGCCGCUGACGCCGUCGCCGACUUUGCCCUCGCCAUGAUCAUCGCUACCUUCCGCCACCUCCCCCUGGUUGGCGUGGGCGCCGCGGGCGCAACCAACCCCGCUGCCUUCCAGGACUGCCACGAGCGCGCCACGGCCGUCUCCCACACCCUCCGCGGCCAGGCCCUCGGUCUCAUCGGUCUCGGCAACAUUGGCCACGCCAUCGCCCCACGCGCCGCCUUUGGUUUCGGCAUGGCCAUUCACUACCAUGACGUCUACCGCAAAGAGGCCGCUCUCGAGACGAAGCUGGGCGCCACUCUUGUCGACGAACCCGCCCUGGCCGACGCCCUUGAGGCCGGCCUCUUGAGCAGCGCGGCGCUCGACGUGCACGCCGCCGAGCCGGCGGUGCAUCCCAGGCUCGCCGCCAUGGCAGGUUCCAAGGCGUUUCUGACGUGCCAUAAUGCGGGCGGCACCGUCGAGACCCAUGCUGGGUUUGAGGAGCUGAGCAUGCGGAACAUCAUGGCCGUGCUGGCCGGACAGGCGGCGGUCACGCCCGUGAACCUGGAACAUCUGCAGGGAUGA